AUGAAGUUCUCUACUAUUACUGCUUCUCUUGGUUUGGCUGGUGCAGUCUUUGCUGCUCCCCCUCCAACUUUCAGCACUAUCCAGCCUAACAAUGCUGAGAUUAGUGCUGCUGCUGCCACUGCUGCCACCAACUCUUACAAGCAUGCCAAGUAUGUCCCUGGUCGUGCUUUCGACCGUAUUGUUCACAUUUGGCUCGAGAACACCGAUUAUGACAAGGCUCUUGGUGAAUCUCACCUUAACGAGCUUACCAAAGAAGGUAUCCUUCUUACCAACUACUUUGCUUUGACCCACACCUCUGAGCCCAACUACAUGGCUUCUGCUGGUGGUGAUUACUUUGGUCUUGGUAAUGACAACUUUGAGAGACUUCCUCAAAAUGUCUCUACCAUUGCUGACUUGUUGGAGUCCAAGAACAUCACCUGGGCUGAGUACCAAGAAGACAUGCCAUACACUGGUUAUGCUGGUUUCCAAUACCUUAACCAACAAAACGGUGCCAACGACUAUGUUCGUAAGCACAACCCUCUUAUCUUCUACGACUCUGUCUUCCUUAACCCCAACCGUUUGGCCAACAUCAAGAACUUGACCGAGUUCGACGCUGACCUCUCCGCCAAGGCUCUUCCUCAAUGGUCUUUCAUCACCCCCAACAUGACUGACGACGGUCACGAUUCUAACAUUGUUACUGCCGGAACUUGGUCUUACAAUUUCUUGAAGCCCUUGCUUGCUAACGAGUACUUCACCAAGAACACUUUGGUUAUCCUUACUUUCGAUGAGAACGAGACUUAUGCUGACAAGAACCAAGUCUAUGCUGUUCUCUUGGGUGAUAUCCCCAACAACCUCAAGGGUACUCAAGAUGGUACCUUCUAUGACCACUACUCUCUUCUCUCUUCUGUUCAAGCCAACUGGGGUUUGGCAUCUUUGGGUAGAGGUGACUGUGGUGCCAAUGUCUUUGAGAUCAUUGCCCAAAAGACUGGUUACAGAAACAAGUUUGUCGACACUACCAACCUCUACAACAACCAAUCUGGCCCUGGCUACCUCAGUGACGCUUCUGUUCCUAUUCCUGCUCCUUCUCACUGUGCCAACCCUGCUGGUGGUGUUCCUGAGCCUAUUUGGCCCGCUCCUGUUGGUUGGAACUGCCACAAGCAAUUCCCUCAACAAUGGCCUAAGCCCUUCGGCUGGCCCUUUUAA